AGCUGCUACCCGCCCAUGACGACGGUAGCUGCCGCCCGCGCCCAGGCCUCUCCAAGCUGCCCGUACAGCAGUGAAUCCCCACCCACACCACCAUGUCGGCUUCUACGGCCGCAUACAAGGACCGCCAGUUCCUCGCCGUAAUUGGCGAUGAGGAUACCGUCACAGGCAUGCUGCUCGCAGGCGUCGGCCACGUCACCCAGCCGCCGGACUCACAAAAGAACUUUCUUGUGGUGGAUGCGAAGACGCAGAACGCCGACAUCGAGGCUGCAUUCGAUCGCUUUACGCAGGAGCGCAAAGAUAUCGCCAUUCUGCUGAUCAACCAACAUAUUGCGGAGCGAAUAAGGCAUCGAGUUGAGAUGUACACGGCCGCCUUUCCAUCACUGCUCGAGAUACCGUCCAAAGACCACCCGUACGACCCUGAUAAGGACAGCGUGCUCAAGCGGGUGCGAAGGCUGUUUGGAGAGUAGACGCAUAUCAAGCGUGUGCGAAGGCUAUUUGGAGAGGAGACGCAGAUCAAGUGGAGGCCGAGGUCUAGUGGGUGGUCAAACACGGCCC